CCUAUCUUCAGCCUCCGCCGUUGUUGCCGCCUGCUUUCCCCGCAAUCGCUAUCCGCAUAACGCCUGCUGGUCCUAGUCUCGCCGAAAACCCACCAACUCCUCCGCCGUUGCAUCUUCCCGCCGCUCGACGCGUCACGCCGCUCGCGCCUGUCCUUCACGCCCGCCACAUCCUCUCGUACAUCGGACGUUUCGCGGUACAAGACCAUUGAGCAUUCAGAUUCGCCUGUUACGAACACACGACGUAUCUAGCCCCUCGUGGGCAUAACCUGUGGCGCAGCUGCAACCAUGAGUAUCGGCGGCAGCGACCUCGAUAGAGCGAUCACACAGCUUCGUGCAUGCCGUCCUAUACCAGAGAACCAAGUGCGGGAGUUAUGUUACAAGGCACGCGAGCUGCUGAUAGAAGAGGGGAACGUGGUGGGUGUGGAUGCGCCGGUGACGAUAUGCGGCGACAUACAUGGACAGUUCCACGACUUGAUGGAGCUAUUCCGCGUGGGUGGUGACGUGCCGGACACCAACUAUUUGUUCAUGGGCGACUUCGUGGACCGAGGCUUCUACUCGCUCGAAUCCUUUCUGCUGCUUCUCUGUCUCAAAGUUCGAUAUCCAGACCGCAUCACACUCAUUCGGGGAAACCACGAGUCGCGACAGAUCACAACCGUAUACGGCUUCUACGAUGAAUGCUUGCGGAAAUACGGCAGUGCGAACGUGUGGAGGUAUUGCUGCGAAGUAUUCGACUACCUUGCACUAGGUGCCCUCGUCACCGGCGCCGCAACAUCUCUCACCCCCACUGACGGCCCGAUCGCGGAAAACAUCAACAUAGAUAUCCCCGACGUCGACUGCGACAUCGAGAUCGAGACGCUGAAUGCCCAAGGCGAGAUCAUGUACCGCUACGCACGAAAUUCGGAUUCGCAAUCCAGUGCAGCUUCACAGGCAAACUCCAACCCGGCCUCUUCCUCCCCCAUAGCACCACCCACACCCUCUCUGGCAGGCGUUACCGGCACAGGCGCAACAUCCUCCGCCAACGGGUCGACUAGGAAUGACACCGGCGCCAUCCUCUGCGUCCACGGCGGCCUCUCCCCUCUGAUCGACACAAUUGAUAAGAUCCGAUUACUCGACCGAAAACAAGAGGUGCCCCACGAAGGCGCAAUGUGCGACCUCCUCUGGUCCGAUCCCGAUGAGAUCGAUGGCUGGGGCCUCUCGCCCCGUGGUGCGGGCUUCCUGUUCGGCGCGGAUAUCGUGAAGUGCUUCAACCACAAGAACGACCUGAGUCUCAUCGCGCGAGCGCACCAACUGGUCAUGGAAGGCUUCAAAGAAAUGUUCGAAUCAACCAUAGUAACAGUCUGGUCAGCGCCGAACUACUGUUACCGCUGCGGCAACGUAGCGGCCAUUCUGGAACUUGGCGAAGACGGCUCGAACGGGGGCUUCGUGCGGAGAAGCAACGGCGACCGGGGCGGCGGUGGCGGAGGCUGGGUGCUAGGUUCUAAUGCGGGGCCGAACGGCACCGGCGAGAACAGGAGGUUGAGCUCUGUUCUGGGAGAUAGCAUGCAGCGGACGAGAGAUGGACCGGGCAGGAGAUACAGAGUUUUUGAGGCGGCGCCGCAGGACUCGAGGGGCAUGCCGGCGAAGAAGCCCGUUGCGGAUUACUUCCUCUAGCACGGGAAGAAACGCAGGUACGCUACGAUGUCAGACAACUAGAAGAGGCAGACCGUUGACAGGAAGGGAGCGGAGUACUUUGUGUGAAGAUUCAGGAAUGGAGAUAGGGUACUGGAUGCGAAUGGAUUGGUAGGAUACCCGGAUAUGUUUUGGUACGCUGGAGAAAUCCGGUACAAUUACGAGCAACUUCUUCC